AGAAUGGCUGCUCCAGAUCUACAGAAGGAGAGGGUGAAGCGAAUGUUUAGCUGGACGACAGUGGGAGAGGCCACGCCUCCGUCGCCGAUGGGCGACGAGAAGGAGUCCAAAAUUAGCCAGAUACAGUUCUCACUCACGCCUUUCGAUAAACAAGACAGCACGACAUGGCAGAAGAGACAGCAGGCGGUGUGCGUGAGACACGCAUUCAAGCACUUCGGCUCCAAGAAGAGGCCAAACCACGUGCUGAGCAAUUUGAACAUGACCGUUGCCAAAGGGACUAUAUACGGCCUGCUAGGUGCAUCGGGAUGCGGCAAGACUACAUUACUUUCCUGCAUCGUCGGCCGACGGCAUCUCAACGCGGGAGAGAUAUGGGUGCUGGGGGGUAAACCUGGCACUAAAGGUUCAGGCGUGCCCGGAAAACGCGUAGGCUACAUGCCUCAGGAAAUCGCUCUCUACGGCGAGUUCACUAUCAAAGAAACGAUGAUGUACUUCGGUUGGAUCUUCGGCAUGGAGACCAAGGAGAUCAUCGACCGCCUGCGGUUCCUGCUGGACUUCCUCGACCUGCCCAGUGAGAAUCGGAUGGUGAAAAAUCUCAGCGGCGGUCAACAACGACGCGUAUCAUUCGCAGUAGCUUUAAUGCACGACCCGGAGCUUCUAAUCCUGGACGAACCAACGGUGGGCGUGGACCCGCUAUUGCGCCAGUCCAUCUGGACGCAUCUAGUGAGGAUCACCAGUUCGGGAGACAAGACUGUCAUAAUCACCACGCAUUAUAUUGAAGAAGCUCGACAAGCGCACAGUAUCGGUCUAAUGCGCAGCGGGCGUCUCCUAGCCGAAGAAUCUCCCCAAGCCCUUCUCACAAUGUACAACUGCAUUUCUCUCGAGGACGUCUUCCUGAAGCUCUCCAGGAAACAAGGGCAAUCUAAUGGUCAAGCAAAUCAAGUAGUAGAACUAAACGUGACUGGAGGAGCGCUCGGACUGAAUAAGAUGUCGAAGCGCGAGGAGGCGCCGUACGCGGCCGAGGACGCCCAAGUCGUCGGCCUGAACUUCCACCAAAGCAAGGAGGUGCUCAUUGUGGACCAUAACGGCGCUGGCAGUAAUGGAGACCUCCCUGGAAAGGUGACCGGUGCAGUAACUAGCGAAUGUGAGGACUGUGGAGACUGCUUCAAUCUGACAUCCCGAGGCAAGAUAAAGGCAUUGAUCCAGAAGAAUUUCCUCCGAAUGUGGCGUAACAUCGGCGUUAUGCUCUUCAUCUUCGUGCUGCCUGUAAUGCAAGUCAUUCUUUUCUGUAUGGCCAUUGGCAGGGAUCCCGUUGGACUUAAAUUAGCAAUCGUUAACAACGACGUAACCAUCCUCGACGGCUACUGUCCCUACAAUCAGUCCUGUUCAAUGAAGAAUCUCUCCUGUCGAUAUCUUGACCAUCUCAGGAAUAAUUCCAUAAUCAAAGAAUACUAUGCCGAUUUGACAUCAGCACUUAACGCUGUCAAAGAGGGAGAUGCUUGGGGAGCCCUGUAUUUUAAUGAGAAUUAUACGGACUCUCUUUUUGCGAGAUUGGCUUUAGCGGACACAGCCGACGAUGAAACCAUUGAAUCUUCAGAAGUGCAAGUGUGGCUCGAUAUGUCCAAUCAGCAAAUCGGUCUUAUGUUGAACAGAGAUAUAUCGUUUUCAUACAGGGACUUCGCGCAGGACUUACUGAAAAGUUGCGACUACAACCCGAAGAUCGGCGACAUACCCAUCGACUUCAUGGAGCCCAUCUACGGCGACACCAACCCCUCGUUCACGGACUUCGUCGCUCCCGGCGUGAUCCUGACGAUCGUGUUCUUCCUGGCCGUGGCGCUGACGUCGUCGGCGCUGAUCGUGGAACGCACGGAGGGGCUGCUGGACCGGUCGUGGGUGGCCGGCGUGUCGCCCGGCGAGAUCCUGUUCUCGCACGUCGUCACGCAGUUCGUGGUCAUGUGCGGCCAGACGGCGCUGGUGCUCGUCUUCAUGAUCCUCGUGUUCGGCGUCAAGUGCAACGGGAACGUGGUCUUCGUCAUCAUGCUCACGCUCAUGCAGGGGCUGUGCGGCAUGUGCUUCGGCUUCGUGAUCUCGGCCGCCUGCGAGCUGGAGCGCAACGCCAUCCAGCUGGCGCUGGGCUCGUUCUACCCCACGCUGCUGCUCAGCGGCGUCAUCUGGCCCAUCGAGGGCAUGCCCUGGGUGCUGCGCUACGUGUCGCUGUGCCUGCCGCUCACGCUGGCCACCACCUCGCUGCGGUCCAUCCUCACCCGGGGCUGGCCGAUCACGGACCCCGAGGUCUACAUGGGCUUCGUGUCCACCGUCAUCUGGAUCGCGCUGUUCCUGGUCGUCACGAUAACGAUUUUAAGAUUCAAACGAGGUUAACGCGUCGUCCCGUUUGGAAUCUCUCGCUCAAUCGACUUGUAGUCAAAAUUCUGUAAGGUGACGGUGCCGACGAUCGGAGGGUAGCUGUAUAUUUGAUGGUACUUUUCUAAACUGGCGACGUCUUUCGAAUAACCUUUUCCUUCCAAAAGUAGUUUCGCUAAUGAUCACGUUUCUUUCCGGAGUUGCUCGGGUUCAAAUUGUAAGCGAACUUUUUUAAGUUUCGAACUCGGAACGCAGUUACCCUCGCCGAAUGUAGAUUAUUCUAGAAACCUGUUUUUAAUACCUGCCGUUUUCUGGGCAGAACCGGUUGUUUAGAUUAGAAUAGUAAAAUUACUGAUAUUGAUAAGACUUCUUUAUGUCAUAAUGUUAUUUAAAUUUACACAAAGUCUUAUUUUCAUCAGUAAAUUCAAAAUAUAGGUGAAAUUACGUAAACGAUACUUACUUUAGUUAUGUGCACAUCGAUUCUUUUUAUUGCUCAAUCCAGAUUAAAGUAUAUUCUAAGUACUUAAAGAUGAAUGACUGUAGUCGAAAGUAUAUAAAUAGUAGUAUUUAUAUAAAGUACAUAAUGUACUUAUUAAUUAAGGUAUGGGGAGUGUUAGCAACUAUGAUUGGUCCAGCGCUUUUACGGUGUUUUUUCUCUGGUAGAGGAAUUUUUAAAUGUAAGGCUUUUUGAGAUACCUGAUUAAAAGAGUUACCAUAGAGUAAGAUGGUGCCAUAGACAACAAAUAUUAAGUCCUUUUUUUUCAAAUUUUGUACGUUUCUGUUUGUUUAUUGAUCAAAUCUGACAUUUUAAAGGCACCAAUUUUUUCUGUGACAAAUCACAAACUUGCGCCAUCUUGAAUUUUUUUUUAUAUAAGGGUGGACAAUAUUGUAGUUUUUAACAAAAAUCUAUAUUUAAAAAUCGAACAAUAUUACUUUAUAAUCGAUGGGUUUUUAAAACUAUUUUUUGACAGAAGUAGGUUUUAGACCAAUUAGGAAUGUACAGUAAGUUAGGUCAUGUAUUUUGGAAACUAGUUAUUUAGGACUCGUGGACAACGUUAGACUUAAGUUUGUAAUAAUAAUGGCGUAUAAAACUUUAGAUUUUCCUUGAAAUCGGCCAUGUUGAGGUUAUCGCCGACUUUAAGAAUACAUCUAGUGUUUUACCACUUAUAUAUAUAGUUGUAUAGAAUAGAAGUGUCG